AUGUGCGCUUGUAAGCAAAGGAAAUCCUUUCUCAUCGACGACAUCCUUCAGGACGUGAGAACAAAGCCCUACGCGCCAUUCAGAAACGAACCCACGAAGCCUUUGACGUGCACCAAGACGCAACCUAGCGAGAACAAAACUAAAUCGAAUCACGAAAACGCGGCCCGUCUCAACGCGGUAUGUGAGGUUCGGAAUGAAAUGGAAAUCGACAGAAUGGCCUUCGAGCAGAGGAGGAACACGUAUCCGUUACAUCCCACGCCGAUCAAACCGAACUUGACGUGGCCUCAUCGGAAGGACCCGCUGUACUUGGAACCCCGUUUGGCAUACUACAGUGACGCGGUGUUAAACAACAACCAUUUAUUGAGGAAUCAGUUGGCUGCGAAUAGAUUUUUUUCACACCCGUACACGUUACGACAAGCAUACGGCUUCGACAGAGUGCCCUCGAAUUGCUGUAAUCCGUGGUGGGGUUUGGGGGGGCGGAGGAAAGGUGGCCAAGUUCGGUUCACGGCCGCUCAGACAGGCGCCUUGGAGCGUCGCUUCAACGCCAGCAAGUAUCUCAGUCCAGACGAGAGACGAGCUCUCGCCACAACCUUGCGGCUUAGUGACAGACAGGUAAAGACGUGGUUUCAAAACAGGCGCGCCAAGUGGCGUCGCACCACGCCGGACGCGGCCGACGCCGGCAGCCCGCCCACCGCAGACGAGGGUUCCGAUGACGAGGUCCACAUCGCUGAUGACGAAUGACUACGAAUGACUGACCGACGGGAUACCCCCCCUCGGGACCGGGCACGUAGACACGUGACGUCACAAAGGGUGCAGUCGUUCCCGGCAUGGCAAUCAACAUCGCUACUGUAGCCUAAGCCGAAUACAACAUUACUUGUCGCGAUUCCGAUCCGGUGGUAGAUUCAU